CUGGAGUGUUGAGAAUCAAAGUGAGCGAGUUGAAGAAUAUACUCCCAAAAUACAAGGUUAGGGAAAGCAAAAAAAGCUCUGAAAAAUGAUAGUGGACAGGAUUACCGAACACAGUGGGAACCUGCUGGACCUCGAAUGUGGGUUGAUGACAAGCCCCAUGAAUCUGGGUUAUUUCUAUGGGGACUCCCCCGCGUCGAGCGACCAGUCCGGCUCCCCUCAGUCUCACUAUUCCCCUUGUUCUCCAAAUUCCGACUCGGAUUCUUCAAGCAGCCGGAGCUCCGCCGGGUGCUACGCGCGUACAGACGGAGCCACUGAAAACGGUCAGUCCCCAAGGGGUGGUGGGAAGCAGCAGAGCAAAGCCUUCCAGGGAGUUCGUGUGAAAAACCCAGUGAAGGAGCUCUUGAUGAACAAACGAAGCAACCAGAUAUCACAGAGGCCUCGGCAGGAACACAACCAGGUGCAGCGGAAUACCGCAGAACCUGAGAAGUUUAAAGAGCUGAAAUCGAUCCUGUGUGAAGGAAAGAGACAUGCAUCAGAGAGCGUGUUCGAUACUUUCAGUUACAAAAGAGCUGCUCCGUUCCAUCUUCUGACACCCCCCCAAACGCCCACAUCCAUUGAGACCAUGGACAAUGGCCAAAGGAACGAACCCAGAAGCUCAGAAGCAAACCCUAACAUCCUGAACAUCAUCCAAAUGGUCAAUGCCAAUGCCGCUAAGGUUUCCCUGACAACAGUGCAGUUUAAUGGGGGUAAUCCAUCACAGGAUCACCAGAGAGACCAAUAUUAUGAGUCUUAUGGGGGGCAAGUUUCCAUGGAGCCACAGGUUAGCAGCCCACCCCAAGCCAGUGAUCCAGCCCAGAUGUUCCCCUUCUACUCUUCAGCCCAGAUGCAAGAGUUCCCCUAUACUUCACCAUGCCUGGUCAGUGACCAGUCAUCUGUUUAUCCAGCAACCCAGCCAGAUAUCCUGAAGUUCAACAUUCCAAGCCAGGUUGGGAACCAAGAAGAGCAACAGAACUCCCUCAACAUGGCCAGCAUCUUCUCUUCCCCAGCCGCCCGGCUAGACCCCCAAAUCUUCUCUGCUCCACAGCUUCCUUCAAAGUGUCCCCAGAUUCCCCAGGAGCCAGGAGGCGUGUCGUUCUUCCAGUGGCAGAUUGAGCAGGAGGACAGGAAGUUGGCCAACAUCACCCGGGAGCAUCUUCUCUCCAAAGACUCUGACGGUGACACGUUCCUCCACAUUGCCGUGGCCCAAGGAAGACGAGCACUGUCCUACGUGCUCGCCAGGAAAAUGGCUUUGUUUGGCAUGUUGGAUGUCAAGGAGCACAAUGGCCAGAGUGCCCUGCAGGUUGCCGUGGCAGCAAACCAGCACCUGAUUGUGCAGGAUCUCCUGAGCCUUGGUGCACAGAUAAACACAGCUGACUGCUGGGGCAGGACACCACUGCAUGUGUGUGCAGAGAAGGGCCACGCACAGGCUAUCCAGGCAAUUCAGAAGGGAGUCCUUGAAAAUGGCCAGCAACUGGAUCUGGAGGCCAUAAAUUAUGAUGGUAUGACAGCGCUGCACCGUGCAGUAGUCUCCCACAAUGCUGGGGUGCAGGAGCUCCAGAAAACCCUGCAGCCCCGUUCUCCCUACAUCCAGGGUCUGCUGAUCAAGAACAAGAGGCUGGUGGACUGUAUCAAGACUCUCCUUCAGAUGGGAGCAACCAUCCAUGCUAAGGACAGGAAGAGUGGCCGCACAGCAGUGCAUAUCGCAGCAGAAGAGGCAAACUUGGAAUUGCUUCAGCUCUUCCUAGACCAGCCUGACUGCCUCACAAUCGUUAAUUCAAAGUUGUAUAAUGGAAACACGGCUCUCCACAUUGCUGCCAGCCUGCAGAACCGUGUGGCUCAGCUGGAUGCGGUGCGCCUGCUCAUGAGGAAGGGGGCUGACCCCAGCUCCCGGAACCUGGAGAACGAGCAGCCCCAAAAUCUGGUGCCGGAUGGGCCUGUGGGGGAGCAGGUCCGGCGCAUUCUGAAGGGGAAAGCAGUGAAGUCACGCAGCUCUCCUUUCUGAGCCACCAGAAUUUCGUCGACAACCACUGUCAGUUAGGCAGUCCAGUUUAUUUGUCCAUAACCAUUUGCCACAGGCAAAUGUGUGUUGUUUCUAUGAAACAAAUGAGCCUUUGUUCACUACUGUGUAGUGUUUGGUGUGUUAAAGGAGAGAUACAUUUAAGCAAGGACCCGGUUUGAUCAGCUUGCAAUAACAGUGUUCGUCAAGAUGAUCUGCAGUAGAAUCAGAGAUAGCUUUGUCUGAUAAGUUGUUCCAAACUGCUAUCUCGCAAAUGCAAAUCCAUGCCACAUUUCCCUUAAUAAAGGCCAUGGUAAAAGCACGGCGUAGAAUUGUAAAGCUUCGUGAACGAAAGAAAGAUUAAGCAGGAAUGGUAAAACACAGGGAGGCAUAGUAUUGUGUUGCAAACUAAAUGUAUAGUAAAAGCAUUGGAAAAGCAUGCACAUUUACAAUGGGAAACUUUUGUCAAGGAUUACAAUUUACUUCCAUCCCUUACAUUUAUUAUUUGGUUGACACAACUGUGACGCGCUGAUAAACCGGACUUGCUUUUGCUAAGAAUUUUAAUAACAACAGUUAGUUGUGAUAAUGCUGUACAUAUUUAAUACAGAAUCAUUGAACCUACUGUGCCUAUGCAGUAGCAAUCCAGUGAAGGGAGAAUAUUUAAUGUAAAAUGUAACAAUGAAAUGAAACAAACUGCUGCACAGUCAUCACAAUGCUAGCUUGAAUAAACAAAGUGUGUUUCCAACACAAGCAGUCAUUUACAAUACAGAGCAGAUUUUUAAACAUCUAAGGGACUUCAUCACGGAUAUAAAUGUAUAAUUUUAAUUUUUUUAUGUACCUAUUCAAGAUUUUAAUAGAGAAUUAUAAGGACAUAUUUGCAUUAGACGUGGGUGUUACAGUACAUGAAAAUAAUCUUAAUAGUGUGAGCUUAAAACUGUCAGGGCUAGUUUCACUGAGCCAGAUUGGGACUAGUCUUGGAAUACCGUACCUAAAGUAACAUUAGGACCAGUGCGAAUCAGGGUCUGUGAAACCAGCCAGAACAGUAUGCUUAUUUAAAGAAUGCCGGAUAGGUAAACUCAAGUAUUUGAUGAAAAUGCAUAUUAGUUUGGACAACAAGCCCUCACCAUGGUACUGAGUGGGACUGAGAUACUGAGCAGUAUGUAAUGAAUCGUUCAGCCUUUUAAUAGGUUUGAUUUACAUAUUGUUUUGGAAAUUCAUUUUAAGAUUUAAAAGCAUACCGGUAAUUGAUUUAUUUUUACUAUUGCUGUUGUUGGAUUAUUGUAAGUAGUGUUUGACUUGUUAGCUUACAUGUUAAGUGUAUAUGUGUCUUGGUUUUGUGGGGGAUAUUAAAUUGAUUUCAGUGUUUUUAUUAAUAUUAUUUAUGCCUUUAAGGUUCUCUGAAUUGUUUGUGCGGCACGUGGCAGGAUGUUUUCAUUUAAAACGUAUCCUGGUUUAUUUUAAAUAGUCAGGUUAGUUUUCAGAGUGUAGUUUGUUUACUCAGAGCUCACAUCAAUUGACUAAGUAUGUCUUGUAGACAAUGUUUCUUCAUCCAGGCUUUAUUGUGACAGACAGUCAGUACAAGCCUGUAUGUGUGUGUGUGUGUGUGUGUGUGUUUCUCAUUUUUGUGUCGUUAAUUGUGCAUAAUUCCAAUAAAGACAUUUCUAAACUAA